CAUUCGUUUUUUUAAUGUUAAUUAUAACAUAUAGACCCAUUCGUUUGUUUAAUGUUAAUUAUAACAUAGAUCCUUAAGCUUUUGGUUUAAUAUAUUUGCGUUUCUAUCUUUGUCUUGCAGAAGAAGAAAAGAAGAUGUCGACGGUUGAAAAAUACAAUGAGAAUGAGCAACAAGAGGAGUUUGUUGGGUUUAGGUUUCAUCCUACGGACCAAGAACUCGUCCGCUAUUGUCUCGGGCGUAAUAAGGUUGCCAAAACAUCAAAUAAAGUAUUAGAGUUAGAAGACAAGACCGAUUUGUAUGCCAAAGAGCCGUGGCGGUUGACUCACACAGAGACAGACUUUUUUGAACCUAACGAGUGGUACUACUUCGUGACACUGGCUGAAAACGUCACUGGAAAAUUACGCACGAGCCGCAAAGUCAAAGGAGAGACGUGUGAGGGGUGUUGGAAAGAAGUCCUUGGGAAGCUGAGUGAUGUCCUGUCAGAAGAUAAGCGUGAGGUGAUUGGGAAGAAGAGGAGUCUAAGUUUCUACGUCAAAGGUGAGAGCAUCUCGAGUGGUUGGACCAUGACGGAAUACUAUUCCCGUGAUGGUGGCUCUGGCUCAUUCCAAAAUCAAGUUCUCUGCCACCUUAAAGGACCAUGAUUCUGUGUGCUGUUUGGUUAAUUUUACUGAAGAGGAUGAUGACUUCUACUUCUUAUUUUAUUUUACUUGAUGGUGGCUCUAUGCAUGUAUAGUUUGAAAGUUCCCUUAGUAGUCUUAUUUAUUUAUGAACAAAAAAUUAUAUUUAAGGAAAAUAUCAUAUGUUUUCAUAAACGGGAUAACAUUUUUUUGUUUUGAGCUGAGGAAAAGACAUUGCCUCAUCAAAAAUGUCUUAACAAGAAGAGAACCAUGAUCGUGUCUAUUGAAAAAAAUAUGGCAUCCAUUUUCAAAUCUUUUAGAAUAACUCUUUCAAUAAGAAAGAGAAAAAAGAAAGAAAAAUCCUCUAUUUACAAGGAACAAGUCUAUCACUAACUCGGAAGAUGUACAAAUGUUGGAUAAUCAUCAUCAUUGGAGCCGACAAGUCACAUUGAUGAAGGUAUCUUCAGGACAUGGUAUCGUUAAGCCUCCCAUUGGGUGAUCGAACCCAAACUCUUCUUCGGAUUUACUGAGAAGAGCUUGAAACAAAGGUUGGUUCAAGUAUGAGAUUGGCACCACAUAUCUCUUCUUCUGGUUCUCUCCUACGUACACCGCAAGAAACCCUUUUGGGGCCGCCAAGGCUGCACUUUUACUCAUGGAAGCAGCUGCGGUUGAGCGGCUUAGAGUCUUCUUUGCGCCCAAUAGACUUCUCACCAAAGCCAUUUUUGUAUGAAAAGUUUUGAAUUCUUUUGGAGCUUAUUAAGAUGGAUGAAAAAACUCAAGUUAUUUGA